AUGGAUGAUCUUGAAGGUCAAAAGCACAUUCAUCCUAAACGUAUAGUUCUAUGUUGUGAUGGCACAUGGAUGGAUAGUGAUGAUGGAUUCACUAAACCGACACUGAUUCCCUACAAACCAACUGGUACAUUACAGACUCCAAGUAACGUGACCCGCCUAUCAAGAUGCCUGAGAAGAUAUGGUCCAGAUGGAACUCAUCAGAUCAUUUACUAUCAUUCUGGUGUAGGCACGGGUAGUAGUAUGUUGGAUACCCUCAGUGGAGGUAUGCUUGGCACUGGUAUUUCCGAGAACAUUCGUGAAGUUUAUAGUUUUAUUGCCGCGAACUAUACUCCCGGAGAUGAAAUAAUUCUUGUUGGGUUCUCUCGUGGUGCCUUCACUGCCAGAAGUGUUGCAGGAAUGAUCUCUGACAUUGGAUUACUCACUCGUUAUGGCAUGUCGAACUUUUAUGCUAUAUUCAAAGACCAGGAAAACUUCAGAAAUGCCAAUUACAAAGAUAUCUUUCCGGAUAUACCUUUUUCAAACAAACCAAAGGAUGGUGAUGAGUACAAGAAGAGAUUGGUAGAACAAAAUUUAACCCGGGUUUAUGACCCGAAUGGAUCUAGAAUCAGAGUUCAUGCGGUUGCUGUGUGGGAUACUGUAGGAUCUUUGGGUAUUCCAAAUAUCGCUCUUCUUGCAAAACUUGGACUUCCACAUUCUACUAAGGAGUACAAGUUUCACGAUACGAAUCUUUCAGGCUACAUCAGACAUGCUUUCCAAGCUUUGGCACUCGACGAACAUCGAAGACCUUUUAGUCCCGCCGUUUGGGAGAUAAGAGAUUUCGAAGAUGAACCCACUGACUUGCGACAAGUCUGGUUCCCAGGAAGUCAUGCCAAUGUUGGAGGAGGUUACGAUGAUCAGGAAAUCGCAAACAUUACUUUGGCCUGGAUGAUGGAUCAGCUUGCCUCCAUUGGGGUCUCUUUUCACGAAGAUGCCAUUGACGUAAUAUUUCAAAAGAGCGUCCAUUAUUACGAAACUCUACCACCUCCUUCCACAUCUAUCUUUAGGUUUUCGAAGCCAAUUAACGAAUGGGCAACGCCUGCCGUUUAUGAGAAACAUCAUCCAGUUCGUCCAUGGGCUCUUGGGAAGAUUUAUAACUCAGAUACUGGAAUUUGGACCCUAGCAGGUAAAGAGACUAGAACUCCUGGUCUUUACCAUCGUUUAGAUCCAGAUACUGGUGCUCCAACUGGAAUACCAAUGACACAUACUAAUGAACGUAUCCAUUCAAGUGUAAGAAUUAGACUUGAUCUCGGGGGACUUGGUGAAGAGGAUAUGACAAAGUAUAAGUGUCCAGCACUUUUAAAGAAAGGACCAUGGCGCCUAGAUCAAAUUCGAAUCAAAGUCACUGAUCCUAUUCCACCAACAGCCACAUGGGGUCCAACAGCUCCAGCAGCAUUGGAUGAUGAAAGAACCAGCGACCUGAGAUGGGUAUGGGAAUAUGAUGGACCAGAAAAGAACGCACCCGUCAUUCAAACUAUUGUUGAAGAAAAUCUCGGUCCAUAUGAGAGAAAAUUACUCCUAUUGAAUAAAGACCGGGUUAAAUAUCAAGAAUCACUUAUGCAUCGACGACGCAAAAAGAAAAAGAGAAGAUCUCAUCGAACAUCUAGAGCAGGGACGGAAAAGGGUCAUAUGACAGCCGAUGAUUUGUUAUUGGGAGAUACAGCUGUGAAUGGAGACUUAGGAAGAAGAAGAAAUAGAGCGGGAAGAGAUGAGGUGGUUAGUUAUGGAAGUGGGCCGGUGAUUAUUGGGGAGGAAUUGGAACCGGAUGAAAAGCUGGAUAAACUACAUGGGUUCUCGAGUUAUAAUGGAGAAAGAAGGAAGUCUCGAAAACCGGGGGUUUAUGGCCAGGGAUUUGGAGAGAGAUUGGGUGAAUUACCGGUUAGAAGUCGCACGAAGGUUACGGCUGAUCCGAGGGAUUCGGAAUUAGAGAAAGAUAUGAGGGAGAUGGAGGAGAGAAGAGCGGGGAUCAGCGGAAAUACGACAAACGCGACGAAUUCGAGAAUUAGAAUUGUCCCUAUUGGAGAAGAGGAAAAUGAAAAGAAAGAGAAGCCUAGACGAUCUCGAGUCGAAAUCCAACCCCAGGAACAGGAUGAAAUUGUCGUAUUCGAAGAACACGAUAGUCCAGACGAACGCACGAAUCGUAGAUCUAGAGUCGGCGCUCGUGAUCGUGCUAGAAGUACGGCGAGAACAAUCGAUACAUGGGAGAGAAGUGAAGUGGGUGAAAGCACUAUUUUUACGCCUACGCCUAGAAAUAGAUCGCGAGGGCGAAGCGGACUUGGAGAAAGAGAUUUAAAGAGUCCGGGUGUAAGUGUCAGGGAAAGAGAGUUGAGCGUUCCUAGAAGUGUGGAUAGUUGGGAGCGAAGCGAUAUUGAAAGUACGGUUUUGACUCAAAGAGAGAGGGAGAAAAGUAGGACGCCAAAAUCAAGGGGGGCGAGGGCGAGAAGUACAGCUAGGACGAUCGAUACGUGGGAGAGGAGUGAGGUGGGAGCGAGUACGGUUAUGAGUGGGGCGAGGACACCAGGGACAAGAAGUGGGGUUAGUGCGAGGGCUAGGGAGAGGAGUAGAGUGGAUAGAGAGAGAGAAAGAGAAAGAGAGAGGGUUGAGAAGGAAAGAGAGAGGGAGAGGGAUAGUGGGUAUGAAGGAGAGGGUGAAAGAUGGCAUGGGAGGGGAUACAAUUAUGAUGAGAGAAAACGCGGACAUAGUCCCGUACCGAGUAGACUUGGAGAGAGUAGGAGGGAUCGGCAGAGGUGGAGUGAAAGGGGGAGUGGAAUGAGUACUGGGGCCAAAAGUCAAGGGUUAUGA